AUGACCUCCAGGACCCCUCUGUGGGUUACAGCCUGUUUCUUUAACUCUUACUGCAACUCAAGACGCCUGCAGUGGGGUGUGAGAAAGAGGAAAAGACCAGUAUUUUUACACCCCAGGUACCGGGAGCACGGGAGGUUGACAGCAUUCCAGCUACCUGAGUAGUCAAGGGCUGGCAGCUUCCCAUGCAUCCCUCCAGUCCGGCUGCUCGCUAAGAUGAGGGAUCUUCUUCAGUACGUGGCCUGCUUCUUUGCCCUGUUCUCUACUGGGUUCUUGGUUGUAGCCACCUGGACAGACUGUUGGAUGGUGAAUGCCGAUGAUUCCCUGGAGGUGAGCACAAAAUGCCGAGGCCUCUGGUGGGAGUGUGUCACAAAUGUUUUUGAUGGAAUUCGCACCUGUGAUGAGUACGAUUCUAUUCUGGCCGAACAUCCCUUGAAGCUGGUGCUGACUCGGGCGUUGAUGAUCACUGCAGAUAUUCUAGCUGGGUUCGGAUUUAUUACCCUGCUCCUGGGUCUCCACUGCGUGAAAUUCCUCCCUGAUGAGCCAUACAUCAAAGUGCGCAUCUGCUUUGUGGCUGGGACCACAUUAUUAAUAGCAGGUGCCCCAGGAAUUAUUGGUUCUGUGUGGUAUGCUGUUGAUGUUUAUGUGGAACGUUCUACUCUGGUUUUGCACAAUAUAUUUCUUGGAAUCCAAUAUAAAUUUGGUUGGUCCUGUUGGCUUGGAAUGGCUGGGUCUCUGGGUUGCUUUUUGGCUGGGGGUAUCCUCACAUGCUGCUUAUACAUCUUCAAAGAUGUGGGACCUGAAAGGAACUAUCCUUAUUCCAUGAGGAAGGCCUAUUCGAAUGCAGCUGUUUCCAUGGCCAAGUCAUACGUGGCCCCUCGGACAGAGACUGCCAAAAUGUAUGCUGUGGACACAAGGGUAUAG